GGAGGACAUGAUGCAUGAAGAAUGUGAAGCGUGAAAUCGUUGGGAAGCGAUAUUGAGCGAUUUACUUGAGCAAAGCAUACUCAUACUCACUGAAGAUAUAAAUUGCAAUAGGAUUCCAACCAUCGAUUGCCCUCCCAGCGCAUUGAAUGGGAUUCCAACCAUCGAUUGCCCUCUCAGUGCUUUGAAGCCCACGUACAGCAUAUAAUUUUUAACAGGUUGUGUAAAUCCGAGUUCUCCUUUGAAAACGAUUGAUAUUUCAAGGAUGUUGUGUUAUUCUGGAAAUGCUGAAACAGAGAUUAAAUCUCUGUUACAUAGCUGAGACCCGCAAGGCAUUCCAUCACUACUUCGCAUGCCUCCUCUGUAAUAUAGGAGAUGCAGAUUUGAAAUUAACUGCUACAAUGACACUGGCUGCGGAGAGUUAAGAGGAUUGCGACGGAAAACAAAACGGUGAACGGAAGCGAAAUUCCAAUCUGGGUGCAAUGGAAAAGGUGGGAAAGCAGCUUUCCGGGCAGGAUUGGGAGCUGAUGAUCGAUGAUUUUCAAUCUGGGUCUCAGCAAAAAUGGCUGUCUCAAUACCCAGGCCUUGCAAUUCUUGAACUUGCACUUUACACAGUGGUGAAGAAAGAUUAUAAUUUCCCCUUGAAAUCCCAGCUUAUUACAUUUGUCGAAGAGAAUGCCGAUGCUCUUAUUGCGGAUGCUGAUGCAGACGAGGGUUUGGGCAGCGUGGUUGAGGCUCUCAAGGCUAUUGUUCAGGCUCCUGCUGAUGGCGUUAUGGUUACAUUUGCUCUGAAAGAGCAAAUGAUGGUAGCAGCUACAUCAGUAAUGAUUGUCACAGACAGCCUUCAUAGAGCUAUGCAUCAUCUUGAGGCACUGGUUGAGCUCUUGCUUGGUGUAAUAAACAGGCCCAAUCACGGAGUUGAUCGACAAUCCAGGGCAAUAGCUUGUGAAUGCUUGAGACAAUUGGAGAAGGCUUACCCUUGCUUGCUUUAUGCAUAUGCAGGGCAUUUGUUGCUCUUGUGCCAGAGUGAGAGGACUCAUGCCGCCCAGGGCUAUAUUCUACUCCUCACAAUGGUUAUCAACAAUCUUGCUUGCCAUAUGUAUAAUUCUUCAGGAAGGGCUUCCAUGCUGGCAACAUCGAUUUUGUCCACAUCAGUACCAUGGGUUCCUUUCAAUGUUCCUCCCUUUCUGGCUGCCUCUGCACCUGGGGAAGAGAAAGCAUCAAUUCCUUGUAGAGAACUGGCCCCUAUUAAUCGGAAAGAGUUUCACAGGGUAGUGGCAUUUUUACUAGAGCGUCCCCAGAUUUUGACAGCUUGUGGAAUGCUGGAAUUUGUCUCAGACCUUAUAAAUGUUGCAUCUGCCUUAGAGCUCCAACCUUCACUCUUGAAGGUGCAAUUCUCAGGUCUGAUAUAUUCAUAUGAUCCUGUACUUUGUCACAUUGUUUUGAUGAUAUACGCCCACUUUGUUGAUGCAUUUGAUGGAGAAGACAAAAACAUCUGCAGACGCUUAGUGCUAAUAUCUAAAGAAGCAUCGCAACCUCUCAUUGUUCGUCUACUUGUUAUUCACUGGAUGUUAGGACUGGAAAGCCUUUCCUUACAGAAGAAUAGAAGAUCUACAUUGGUCUCUAUAGCUUCUGACUUAUACCCACCAGUUUUUGAUCCACUUUCACUGAAAGCGAUAAAAUUAGAUGCUCUUGCAUAUUGUGCAAUCAAUUUUGAUCCCACUCCGACAGAGCGAUUGCAUCUUCCUACCAACAGGCCACUUGACUUUUCAGUCUCAGAAAGAGGCAAUACUUCUGUUGCAGUGGGAGAAGUAACUGCAGGAAAACUUUUCAAUGAUGGCCUUGCUUGUGUUUCAUCUUUCCGAUGGUUGCCUCCAUGGAGCACGGAGACAAGAUUAGCCUUCCGCAUGCUACACAGAUUCUUGACAGUUGCAAUUCCUCAUCCUUCAAUUGAUGAAGAAACUAUUAGCUUAUACACAAAGUCUGCCCUCUUUGACACAUUGCAGAGUCUACUGGUGAAUACGGCAUUGGAGCUUCAGAAGUUAGUUCCCAAUAUCCUUUCUCUUAUAGACCGGCUUCUGUAUUGUGAGUCUCAUCAGCUCUUGGGGGAGUGUCUUCUCCAAAUAUUCAAUGGGUAUUUGCUGUCAAAGCUGGUUCCAGAUCGUCACUUGUCUGCAUACUUUCCAAUAUUUGAUAGAAUUGCUGAGAGUAGUUCUAUUCCUCCUCGCCAUUUGUUGGAAUUAUUAACAUUGUAUGCUGGAACUCUUGUAAAUAAAUAUGACCCAGAAACUCUAUCAAUGUCAUGGUCUCGAGGAAGUAAAGUGCUUGGAAUUUGUAGGACUGUACUCAUGCAUCACCAUAGUUCCAGGGUUUUUCUUGUCCUAUCUCGUCUUCUGGCUUUUCUUUGUCGCUUUUUUCCAGAUUUGGAGAUUCGUGACAGUGCAAGGAUUUAUCUACGAAUGCUUAUUUGCAUUCCUGGCAACAAACUCAGACGUAUAUUAAGCCUUGGAGAUCAGCUACCUGAUGAUUCUUCUGCUCCACAACUCUCUUCUUUUUUUCGCAGUCCAUCUCCAAGGGCACCACAGAGUGUCAUGCAAAAUUUGUCUACUUACAUUCAUCUUUCUAGAGUCACUCCUCUUAUUGUUAAACAGUCAUGGUCUCUGGUUAUUGUCAAUUCAGAUAUAAAUGAAGAAAUAUAUUCCGUAGGUGAACAAAAUGUGAAUCUGGAAGAACCAUCAAUGGCUAUUGCAGAGUCAAAGGAAGGGACUGAUAGAGAACAUGUUGCCAUGGAUGGAGUUUUCAGAGGGGUGGAGCCUUUGCGGGUUAUGGAUUCAAAGGUAUCUGAGAUGUUAGGAAUUUUACGAAGGCACUUUGCCACUAUUCCAGAUGUUCGCCAUGGGCCAGGCCUGAAGGUCAGUGUACACUGCAAACUUAGCUUUGAUUCAGAAGGAAGGUUUCCAGCAGGGCAGGAUGAUUCUUUUCACAAUCCACAGUUGAAUAGUGAUGAUUCAUGGCCUGCACUUUAUGCUAUUGUUAUUAAAUUUUCUUCUGGUAGCCAAUAUGGACCGAUACCAUCUGUUCACAUUCCUUUUCUUAUGGGUGAGCCUCCAAGAAAGAAUGAGCCACAUUUUUCAAGUAAAUCUGAAGAGGAAAAAUCGAUAUUGAUGCAAGUGCAAGAUGGAUCUAUUAUAGAACCAGGUAAAGAAGCAGAUAGUCAACAACCUGCAAACAAUAAUAAAAGAGCCACAAGGAGUAGCUCUAUGGAUGAAGACAAAGAGGGCUUCCAAGAGUUAGUGAUAAUUGAAUUAGAACCUAAAGAACCAGUGCCUGCACUUAUUGAUGUUUUUAUUGAGGCAACUGGGGAGGCUGGGCAGAGUAUUCGUGGUCAACUUCAAAGCAUUCCAGUUGGUAUAGAAGACCUCUUUAUGAAAUCUCCAGUUCCAAAUGAUGUCCAAGAGGAAGAAGUUGCAGACUAUUACUUCAUUCUGUUUAAUGUAUUGUGGGAAGCCUGUGAGAGUCCAGGGAAGAUUGGCCGAGAGACAUUCCUACUUGGAGGUAGCAAAGGAGUUGCUGCAAUUCACGGAACCGGAUCUGUCAAGCUUUUAGAAGCUCAAUCAGACCGUGUAAUAGACUCUGUGGGACACUUUUUAGGUCCUUCUGUUGUGGCUGUAAGUGGUGAACAACUUAUCAAUAUUGUAAAGGAUAACAACAUUGUUAAGGAUGUUGUCUGGAAGGAUGAAAAGUCACAUUCUUCUGAUGAAGAAAUAUCUAAUUCACCAGGACAUAACCUCAGUCAAGAAGGUCCUCUUCAGCUAAAGUACUUACUGGAUGCUACUGAUAUUGAUGAUUCCAUUGAAAUUUCUAAGACACAUAUUGGUUGUUUCUUCAUUCUUAUUUUCCUGCCCCCUCGCUUCCACUUACUAUUAAAGAUGGAGGUAUCUGAGUUCUCAACCUUGGUACGGAUCAGGACAGAUCAUUGGCCAUGUCUUGCAUAUGUGGAUGAGUUUCUGGAAGCUUUAUCCAUAAGAUGACACCUAUUCCUUUUUUUUCUCUAUUUUCUGUAAUUAUUUUUAACUUUUUCCUUGGUUUUCCACAUCCUUUUCAACAUUUCUAACUCAUUGAUAUUCACAAAGUAAUUUGAGAUAUGAAGUGCAUCAUUUCAUGCCUCCUUUUCAGGGAGACUUGGGCAAGUGCCAUAGAUGAGACUUCAAGGUCUGAAGGGAUCAUCAUGCAGAGAAAACUGGCAUCUGAAGUACAAAUUUUGUUUGGUAUAUAAGGUUUGGAGUUUUACAAUUGCUGAGAAAUUCCCAAAACUCAAUUUUGUUGCCUUUUUAUUUACAAUGAUAACCAUGUCUAUAUCAUUAAGGAAUGCAACUAGAAUAAUCAUGACAAACCUCGUUGUUCUAGGUGCAUUUAAAAUCUCCAAUGGAAUUAGAAAUUGUGUAAAGAAGAUAGAUAUGGAAAAGUGUCUAGAAAUUUUACUGGAGAUGGAGAAACUACUACGUGGUUCUUCAUCAUGAUAUCAAUGAUUUAAGGAAUAUAUAUUUUAAAUUUUUAAGUCAUUAUUGUUGAUAAA